AUGAAUGCUGAGGUUCAUCACUACCAAGCCGCCAUGGAAGCGUCACCCACACGUGACCUAGCUCACGACGGAAACCCCACAAGAUUCAUACCAUUUGAGCUCACUUUUGAGAUACUCUCGAGACUUCCUGCGAAACCACUCAUCAGAUUCCAAUCCGUGUCGAAGCUAUGGUUCUCUAUCAUCCGCAGCAAAGAUUUCGCCGACUCCUUCCUGAUUCGGUCAAAGACUCGGCCUCGUCUCCUUUUCAGCUUCCAACACUUCGAUUCCCGGCAACGUUUCAUCUUCUCGGCUCCUGAACACCACAACAACAACAACGAUGAAGAAGAAGAAAAAUCAUCCUCCACAGUCAUUGCUAGACACGACAUGACGAUCUCGGAUCUCGUCUACGACAUCAACACUCGCCCCGUAAACGGUCUUGUUUGUUGCACACGUAAACUUGAUUCAUCAUCAUCAUCGAUAGCAGUUUGUAAUCCGACAACAAGACAAAUCUUGAAACUACCAGAUGUUACACCCAACGGAAGAGACAUGUACGCACGUCUCGGCUACGAUCCUGUCGAGGAUCAGUACAAAGUGUUGUGCGUGAUGAUGUUCGACGGUUUCGACAGCCGUAGAGCAGACAACAUAGAGCAAGAGCAUUUCGUUUUCACGCUUGGAUCUCAACAACAAGAAUGGAGAAAAGUUGAGAUCGUCCAAGGAGAUCCUUACACAAGUUUCAAAGGCGGGAUUUGCAUCAACGGUGCUAUAUACUACGUGGUUCUACAUAAAAAGAUUGCUAGGUUCGAUGUUAGAUCCGAGAAGAUGGAGUUUAUCAAAGCACCGGAAGACGAAGAAGAUUUAGAGAUAAACGCUUUCUGUUGGACUCUUAUAAACCACAAAGGAAGAUUAGGAGGAAUAAACUAUAGGUACUUUUACCAUAUGCGUGCGUGGAUUCAAGAGGAAGAGGAAUCUUGGAAUAACAUGACUGGCGUUGUGACUAGUGAGUGGGGAGAUUUGUUGAGAGAGAUUAGUUUAUAUUCUACGGGAGAGAUUCAUACCGGAGAAGUUUUGUUGGUUCCUUACCGGUUAGAGUCAUCUAAGCCUUUCUCUGUUUUCUAUUACGAUAUGAUCAGAGAGAGUUUCAGAAGUGGUCAAGUCCUAGGAAUCGCGGAUUAUGAGUUUAGACGUCGCUUUCACGGAUUUGGUAAGCGUAAUCGUGGGAUGCGGUGUUUUCCAGGCCACAUUGAAAAUAUCAUGUUUUUCUGA